AUGCAAAUAUUUGUGAAAACUCUCACUGGGAAAACGGUUACACUGGAUGUGGAAUCAUCGGAUACUAUUGACAAUGUGAAAGCGAAAAUUCAAGAUAAGGAAGGGAUACCUCCUGAUCAACAACGGCUUAUUUUUGCAGGGAAGCAAUUGGAAGAUGGCAGGACAUUGGCUGAUUAUAAUAUUCAGAAGGAAUCGACGCUUCACCUUGUCUUGAGACUUAGAGGAGGAAUGCAAAUUUCUGUGUGUACGCCGGUAGGCACAUAUAUUGAUCUAUAUGUUGAUCCUUUAGACAUGGUUGAUAGGCUAAAGGAAUUGAUUGAAGAAAGCCAAGGCGUGCCUGCUGGCCAACAAAGAAUUUUGUUUUCUGGAAGAGUAUUAGAAAGUGGGAAAACUAUUGCUUCGUAUAACAUUCUGGAAGGCUCAACUCUUCAUAUGCUAAUUAAAAGGCAAUAA